AUGACCCAGGAGCUAUAUGUUAAGAAGAUCUUGCCUGUUGUUAAGGAGUAUAGGGACCAAGCUGUUGCUAAAGGGCAGGGCUUUAUCUUUCAAGAGGAUAAUGAUGGCGGCCAUGGUACUCGGAGCGAGGAGAAUCGAGUAAAACUAUACAAAGAUCAGAUAGAUCUCGAUUAUAUCGACGAUUGGCCAGCAUUUAGCCCUGAUCUCUCACCAAUUGAGAAUAUAUGGCGCAUUUUGAAACAGCGUGUACGACAGCAUUGCCCUCGUACAAAGGAGGAUCUCAAGAGAGCAAUAGAAGUCGAAUGGGAGGCAUUGACGCAGAAGGAGAUAAAUCGCGUCGUAUGGGGCACUGAGAAGGGUCGCAAGUGGACUAUGCACGAUAGAUUAGAGGCUGUUCUUCAAAAUGAGGGUAGAAUGACGAAAUACUAG